AUGGCGGCGUGCGGGGCGUCGCGGCCGGCCUGGUGCCUGCGGAGGGUCGGGGUGGGCGGCGGCUGGCUGCUGCUGGAGGCCGGCACGCAGGUAACUGUAGGCCGGGGAUUAGAUCUCACGUACCAGCUGGUGUCAAAAACCUGUCCCUUGAUGAUUUCUCGUAAGCACUGUGUUUUCCAGCAAAAUGCAGAAGGGCAGUGGACUGUUAAGGAUAAUAAGAGUCUAAAUGGAGUUUGGCUUAAUAAACAACGUCUGGAUCCUUCAAAAACCUAUCCUUUAGCAGAAGGAGACCGCAUCCAGUUGGGAGUGCCUUUGGAAAACAGAGAGACUGCUGAAUAUGAGUAUGAAGUAAUUAGAGAGGAGUGGGAGAAAAUCAGACCCUUUUUAGCCCAAAGGAGUGACCUGGGUAAAACCAAGAGCUCAAGGUCUAAACGUAAAUUUACUUUGGAAGAAUCGGAGACGUCUGGCUCAGAAGGCCCUUCAAAUUCCAGAUCCAAAAGGGACAGAGUGUCAUGUGAUGGUGAACCUUUGAGUAAUCUGUUGGCAAGAGUAGGAGAGACAAAGCAGUUGACAGACAAGAUGGAGGUCAAGCUGCCCUCUGCUGGGUCAAGUGAGGAUGAUGGGGGUCCAGUGCGUGGUAGCCCUGAUUGCUCUGAGAAAGCUGUGGCUGUUGCUCAUGAGGGCCAGAAACACUCUGUUCUUUCUCAGUCAUGGACUGGCCUGGAAAAGCUGAGGAAAACUCUCAUAGACAUAAAGAAGUUAAAAGUCAAAGUGCAGGAGAAACAGACAGCAGUUCUGAAUGCGAAACAGAAGCGCAGGAAGGCUGCUCAGAAGACAAUCCUAACGAUGGAAAAAGAGCUGCAAGAAUUGCAGGACAAGCUGUGCACAGAACAAGUACAGCAUCAGCAGCAGGUGGAAGAGCUGGAAAGGACAUUCUCCAAAGAGAAGCAGAAGCUAGAGGGAGAGAAAUGGCAAGAUGGGGAAGAGAAUCUGAAGGAGCAGCUGGCCCAGGUUCUGCAAGAGCAUCAUGCUCUGAUGGAAGAACUGAGCCGUAGUAAAAAAGAUUUUGAGGAGAUAAUUCGAGCCAAGAAUAAAGAACUGGAGGAAACCAAGGUGGAGAAGGAAAAGGUGAAAGCCCAAAAAGAAGAAGUGUUGAAUCAGAUGAAUGAUGUGCUAGAGAAUGAGCUGCAGUGCACGAUCUGUUCUGAGCACUUCAUUGAGGCAGUCACUCUGAACUGUGCACACAGCUUCUGCUCCUACUGUAUAGACGAGUGGACAAAGCGCAAAGUGGAAUGCCCCAUCUGCAGGCAGGAGAUUAAGUCGAAGACACGCUCUCUGGUGCUGGAUAACUGCAUUGACAGGAUGGUAGAAAAUCUGGAUGUGGAAAUGAAAGAGCAUCGCCUGACCCUGAUCAGAGAGCGGAAAGAGAAACGAAAUGUGUUGGUGAACCCAGCCACAGACAAUGACAGCAGCAUCAUUCCUUCCAUCUAUUCCAUCUUGUCAAUCAGCAGUUGUGACAGUGAGGACUCUGAGGAGGAUUCUUAUUAUAAUGGAAGCUACUGCAUUAUCUAAACAAUGUAACUGCAGGCUGGCUUGCCUGCGUGCUGACCGGAAACAGUCUAAUGGAGUUUGGUUUACUACUGCUGGUUGAGUGGACUGGGCAUCUGGAAGGAGAGAUUCAGUGAAGAAGCUGGAACUGGAGCUGAGCAUUAGCAACAUUUGGAAGAACGACCUUAUUUUUUAAGAGAAUGUACAGAAGCUUGAUCUCUCAAACAAGACUGGGACCGUGGGAGAACAAACUGCUAUUAUGCUAGAUGGUUGACAUAUAAGGCCUAGGUUUCCAGGAUCACUUCCGACAUACUCAGCGUGGUGUAAAUAUCUGAAUGCGUCACUGCUGUUUUCUGAGUGAAUGACACGUUUAAAUGCGCGUACCAAUUUCCCCUACUUCAUCCAGCAGGGAGCAUAACUAAAGAUAUUUGAGAACUCGGUCAUUUGCACCAGCUAACAGGAGAUAUAUAUUAGAAAAGCAUCCCAACAUCGGGUUUUCCUCUUGAUUUCAUCUCAGCUGGAGUAAUCCCAGGGCUUUCUGGCCAUUAAGUUAAAGGGUGGGUUGUGGACCAUGUCAGCCUUAAGUGCUUAAAUAUAAAAUAAGGUGAGCUGCUGGCUUGUUUGUUCAGUUGAUGUUAUUCAUUUUCUGUUGAAUGGGGAUAGAGAAGAUUAAAUCUUCCUGAAUUCCUUAGUUUGUGCUCUUUUCAUACAGCAUCUUUGGUUUGUUCCCUGCAUAAAGAGUUUUAGAACUGUGAAACAGCACAUCCAGAAGUUAUUAACAGUGACUUCAGAGAUACUUUCAGUUCUUGUCAGCAGCAGAGAGGAAUCUUGGCCUCUUUGUUAAGCUACUACCUGAAUGAAUGAAAUGUGCUGUUGACAGGGUAGUUAAGCAGCAUCUGUAGGCAACCACAAGUAACUACUUAGUUCUGUCGUUUACAAAACAUUGCUAUUGAGCUGUGGCUUUGCUACCCUCAGAGUUCAUCUCCAAGACAAAGCAAGUCUUGCCUCGUCCAAUCACAUCUAUGAAAUAGUAUGAAAUUGUCUAUGAAAUUCCAUUUUCAGCAGCAUAUAUUUCUGACUUAGCUUUUAGAUGGGGCUGUUACGUCACUGUUAGAGGAGGAUGAGGGAAGCCCUCAUUUGUAAUAUUUAUUUGGCUGUUUGUACGUACUUUUCUUGUUUCUGUGUUUAUUUUGCUGAAGAAGGAAAAUAUAAAUCCAUUUGUGCAUUAGUCUUCCUUGAUGCAAGCAAUGAGAUAAAUGUCUUUCUCUUAGUUAUCAUUGAAUUUAUUGAGAAAACCCAGAUUGUUUCUUUUUAAUGACUUUGCUUCACGUUUUCAUUGCUGUAAGUAGUUUGACUGUUUUAAAAUUAUUUGAAACACUGUAUGCAGGAAUUGAUAAAAGAUGUCCUAACUCUUCAAGCCUGUGUUAGCAGUGCCUAUCUUACCAGUAAUUUAGAAUAUACAAUUGUAUCUCUUAUUUUCUCCUACUAAAAAAAGAUGCCAUUAAAAAGGUGCUUAAAUGGUAAUGCUUUCCUAAGAAAAUAGUGCAUUCUGGCAGAUUUGAGUGGUAAGACUUAAACAAGGGAACUAAGGACUAAGGACUGUGAAUUCUUGCACUGUGUAGCUCUUCCAUGUUGCUUUGCUUUUUUAUUUUAUUUUAAUUUUCCCUGUUUCAUUUUGCUAAACACAUUUAUUUUCUUAUGUUGGUGUUUAUGCACAUACUAGAAAAGGAUGAUUCUUCUGGUAACAGAGUUCUUUGGUAUGCUUUGAGAGUGUGCUAUUUUCACUAGAAUAUAGAGAUAUUCUUCAUAUUCUAGUGAGAGGGGACACACUGAGUAAAAGUGGAAUAUUUACCCUUUUAAACUGUUACCAAUAGUUGCAACAAGAUACACAUGGAGUAAUAAACUUUUUCUGUUUAUCAAUAGGUACCUAAAUUGUAAAGGUUCAAGGAGAGAGGCUAAGCAAUAAUGCUGUUCACUGGCAAAAGCAUAUAAUUGACAAAAACAGACCCUUCCUCCCAGUUCUGUAAGUUCUUUGGGAAAACUUGUCUGAUCCAGAGCUGUUGACUGUAUGUAUGGAAGUGAGUUCCAACUGCUGAGUUGUGAUGAAGGUACUCCACCGUCCUAUUUGUCAGGAAGAAAACAUACCAAAACUGUGUGUGUUUGUUUGGUUUUUUUUAGAGGACAAGUUAAGCUGUAGGUAUCUUAAAUUUGUGUGUGCUUUCUGAUACUGCUUAUAAAGAAGCUGUGGAAAGGUAAACUAAGUGAGACUGUUUCAAGUUUUGUUCACAGCUUAGUGCCUUUCAUAAACGAGUUUUCAGUGAUAGAAAGAUCUAAAGUGCACACGUUUCUCUUUUUGGCAAUCUAGUUGGCUAUGAUCAAGCUUAAAAUUUUAAACUUUUGCACAGAAGAUAUCUGUCAGAUAGCAGUUAUAGAGAAUGGAAUAAGGGGGGUAUUACCCAGACAAUAUGCUGCUGCAAAGAUAUGUAUCUGAGCAUUUAAGUUAGGAAAAGUCAUAUGCACCAGUAGGUGUUUCCUAAUCUAUUCAGCACUAACAAGACCCCAGCAUAGUAGUGCUGUGCUUGAUCUUAGGGACUACACUACUAGAUGGAUUUGGAGCAGCAGGAAAAACAGAAAGAUUAUGAAGACUAAGAAAUGUGACCUCGUGCAAACGGUUUAAGAAACUCCAGUUCUCUUUCUGUCUGAAAAAAAUAAAAAAGCGGAGGCAACUGUAAGUCUUCAAAUGCAUCAAAAGCUGUUUCAAAGAUGAGUAGUUUUCUUUUCCAGGUUCAGAGUGACUAGCAUAAAAAGUAAUGAGAUUAUUUUAAAUUGCUAUAAGAAGAUUUCUGGUAGCACUUGUUUUCUCCCAGUGUUUCAAGUAAAGAUAAUGAAAUACUGUAGUACUGUGAGGAAACAGGAUUCUGCAACACAAAAAGCCUUUAUGGGCAGGUCAAGCACACUUCUGUUACAUCUUUUUCCAUCUGUUCCCCUUCCACCUCCAACAAAAUCGGUAAUAGUUUAAAUACUACUACUUUUUUACUUUCAGAAAAUCCAGUUAGACAGUUUCUGAAGGUAGUGUCUUUACUCCCACUGGAAACUUCUGGGAUUCACAAACUGAAAAAAUGCUGCAUUUGUAUAUAGCUCACCUAUGUUCUGGAAUAUUAGGUGACUACCCAAAGUCCCUUUUUCUGUGAUUAUUUGGAGCAAGCCAUUCUCCCCUGUCCCAGUACCUAAGUUCGCUGCCUAGACUGAAGUCACUUGGUUGGCUUCCUCCUGCAUGAGUGGUGCUGUGGUGGCUGUGUGGGACCUUGCCUGCUAUUUGCUGCAUGGCCAUCCAGACAAGGGUGAGGGAUUACACAGGAGGAAUAUCAGUAUUUUAUUCUUUUUUUAGUGGUGCUGUCACUGCAAAAUUGAUCCUGCUUCUUUGGGUAUUGUGAAGAUGGGUCUUGCUUAUAGGAUGAGUUCUUCAAUCUUUAUUAAAUGUUGAAAUAAUUGGUUGGAAAUUACUACUGAAGGGUAUAAUUGUACUCCUCUGUAUGUUCAUGGGAUUUGGCAUGAAUUUCUAGUAGAUGGUGCAAGCCUAGUGCAAUUUCUUUCCUUACAAAAUCAAACCUUUAUCUUUUACAUAGAUUUGGAGAAGAAUAAAAUGAAUUGCUAUAAA